GAGUUUCUGGUGGGGGCGGGCCCUCUGCCCGGGAUUGUACCUUGGCCAUUCAUUGUUGCUAGCCGGAGAACGAAGGGUCCCUUGGGUCAUUUCUCACCCACCUUCUUUGACAAGAUACCUCUCCCUCUUUUUAUUUAUUUUUAUUUGUUGUUUUUUAGAGAAAGAGAGUGUGAGUGGGGAGAGGGUCAGAGAGAGAGGGACAGAGAAUCUUAAACAGGCUCUAGGCUCAGCACAGAGCUUGAUGCCGGGCUCGAUCCCAUGACCCUGGGAUCAUGACCUGAGCCAAAAUCAAGAGUCAGAUGCUCAACUGACUAAGCCACCCAGCUGUCCCUAUUUUGGCUUUUUAUUACAAGAUUUUUCCCACGCACAAAAGUAAAUACAUAUUACAAUGAACCUCCAUACCCUCAACCUGUAUUUAACAAUUAACAUUUUGCCAUCUAUUUGUAUGUCUCUAAGUGUACAUGUUUCUUCUAUACCAUUAGAAAGGAAGUUCCAGACAUCAUGAUGUUUCACCCCUCGAUCUCCUACGUGAUCAAAGUGUUGCUGCCACACCUAAUUCCAUAAUUCUGCCUGGUGUCCGCUUCAUAUUAAAAUGUCCCCACUUGUCCCAGGGACAGUUUUAUAGCUGGUUUCUUUUUUUUCUGAAUAAGGAUCCGUCAGAACUAGAUGUCCACAAACUGCCUCUGCGACAGUUUAGUAGUGUCUUAAAGUCUAGACUCUAGAAUAGCCCUCUUGUCUUCUUCACGAUUUUUUCAUUAGUGCAGGACAACUGUGUUUUAAAAUUUCCCACUUUUCUAGAUUUAUUUGCUCACGGUGUCAUUUAACCACUUCCUGUAAGCCCUGUGUUGCAUCACACAUGAGUAGACUAGAGGUCUGAGUGGCUCAGGGUUAAAAUAGCUUGGCAACAACAUUACAGGUGGUGUGCCCCAGGAAGCAGUCCCAUUCUUUAUCCCGCAAACAACAGGAGCCCUCCUCCCUGGUGAAAAGACACACGAGGGAAAAAAAUAGGAAGAGACUGCAUAGAUGGUCCUACAGCUAAUAAAUAUGGAGUCUCUUGGUACCAACGUGCAGAUCUCCCCUUGGGAGUACUGAGGAUUCUCAGGCUACCUCUGAGGUCCACACAGGCAGCGAUGUGGCAGCUGCUGCGCCAUCAGUCCCCGCAGCACCAACAGGGUGCACGGGAGUUGCUCAGCUAGAACACGAGCUCGGCACCCGCCCUCCGUGGGACUCGGUGUUUCCAUCGAUCUUCACAGCAAAGCCAGUCAUGCUCAGUAUUCAGGAGACAGAAACCAUUUCUUUGUUUAAAAAAAAAAAAAAAUAGGGCACCAAAAUGAAGGGUGAUGUGUUUCUGGCUUUAGUGGAAAGAGCGAUAGACUGUAGGAAUAUUCAAGGACUGAGGAUGUGUCAAGUUCUCCGAGCACCUCCCUGUGAGUGCCAACGGUCUGCUCCAACAAAUUCAGAUGUGACAGAGGGCCGCGGCCGUGGCCCAGCCACCGAGGGCGCCGUCUCCAGACCAGAACCAGUCCGUCCGUCCUUUGGUCUGAUGCUGAGAAGGACACUCACCUUUGAAGACAGAGAGGCAUUUAUUUCACUUUGACCUGUUUUUUCUAGGAUGGGAAACAAAAGGUCCUAGCAGUAGGAAAGGCUGCACUUUGAAGAGAAAACCUAGAUUUAUUGGAAUAGGAGCCUUGCAAGCCUGGAACGCCGGAGGCAGACUUUUGCAGAAAUGGGGAAAACGGAAGGCGCGUUCGUUCUCCAGGACGCUGCUGCUCAGACGGUGGCCCUGACCCGUCAGAAAUGCAGAAUCUCAGGCCUCCCCUAGACCUGUGGGAUGCAGACCUGCGCUUUAACAGGCUUCCCAGGGUUCUUCUGCACGCUUGGGGGAGUUCCUGCUCCAGGGGCCCUGCUUACAUCCACACUCACCGGACAGGGCGGGGCCGGGUCUGCUUUCUCCACACUCCACCCGCUGUGGGUGCUCCGUGAGGCCUGGCAGGCGGUGCAGGGGUAUGCAGGUGAGCUCGUCCUCACGGGUCUUCGUGCCUCUUCACAGGGUCGGGGCCCUGGCUCCCUGCCACAGAGAGUGACGCGGCGGUGGCCUUGGCCCUGCAGCAGGAGUUUGGGCAGGAACAAGCAUCGUUACCUGAUGAGAACCUGGAGGAGACAGGGUUGUUCUUCUGCCAGAUCUGUCAAAAGAACCUCUCAGCCAUGAACGUGACACGGAGGGAGCAGCAUGUGAACCGGUUGUAGCACGGAUCAGAAUUCUGUUCCUUUUUAUGGUUGAAGAAUGCCCCAUUGUAUGCAUAGACCAUGUCUCAUCCAUUCUUCCGCUGGCGGGUGCUUGGAUGAGGCUGAAAAGGCACUGGCACCCACCACACCACGGAUCCCCGAAUGCCCGAUUUGUGGGAGGCCGUUUCUCACCCCGAAGAGCAGGAUCAGUCACCUGAAACAGUGCGCGGUGAACAUGGACGUGGGCCCCCAGCUCCUGCUCCAGGCCGUGCGGCUGCAGACGGUUCAGCCGGAGGGGGCCUGUGGCACACUGGCAUCAAGCUUCAGCCAUCACGCCGGAGGUCUGAAGCGGAGGGGAGCCACCAACCAGAAGGAGCUGCAGAGGAAGCGGAGGGUCACCAAGCCCGAGGCGCCGUCCGAGGACUUGCUGGUGGCCAUGGCCUUGUCCCGGUCUGAGAUGGAGCAGGAGGCUGUACCAGCGGCGCUCAGACUGGGAAAUGCCUUUUCUGAGAGGAUAAGACUGGGAGCAGAAAAGAAGAGCCGCAAGAGGAAGGCGCCUAUUUCCCCUCCCCCGUUGUUAGUCCAGGACCCGGAGACCACGGGGAGGCUGACGGCGGAUCGGGUGGCCCAGCUCUUUGCCGAGGAGGUGGAGCUGUCCAGCACGCCGCCGCUUCCCACGAGCAGGAUUCUAAAGGAAGAGCUGGGAAAGGCCGGUCGGUGUCUGCGGCCACCUGGAGGGAAGCAGAACUUUCUGUGGGAAGGCAGCGCCCUGACUGGAGCCUGGGCCCUGGAAGCCUUCUACACGGCAAGCCUGGUCCCUCCCAUGGUGCCCCAGCGGCCUGCAAAGGCUCUUACACAGGAGCCCAUGCUCCUCCCAGGGCUGCCUGACCAGCCAGAGCUGGGAGUGCAGACACCACCUGGUGUCCCCAGUGCCCACCCUGCAGGCCACGGCCCCAGGAGCCCGGGCCCCUCCGCCAGCCAGAGGGAGCACCAGGCCCUGCAGGACCUUGUGGACCUGGCGGGAGAGGGGAUGAAUGCCAGCCCAUGGCCCUGCAGUGGGGGACCAGCCAGCCCGGGAGGGGUUGCAGGGAUGGAUUUGUCACCCACUGGCCUUCCACUGACUGGGUUUAUCCCGCCACCCCAGGAAGAGCACCUGGAGAGGGGCCGCCAAACUUCGCUCACCCUCAGUUUGCUGCUGGCUGACUUCAGAGCCAUGGUCAAUAACCCACAGCUGAGCGACAUCCAGCUUCAGACAGACAGCGGGGAGGUGCUUUACGCCCACAAGUUCGUGCUUUACGCCCGCUGCCCCCUUCUCAUGCAGUAUGUGAACAGCGAAGGCUUCUUCGCUGUGGAGGACGGCGGCGUGAAGAGCCAGCGCGCGCUGCUGGGUGGCGUGAGCGCCGAGGCUGCCCGUGCGCUCCUGCACUAUCUCUACACCGCGGACCCCGGCGUGCCUCCCCGGCUGGCGCCCGGCCUGAGCGCUCUGGCCCGCAGGUUCGGCGUUAGCGAGCUUGUUCUUCUGUGCGAACAAGAGCGCGAUGUGAUGGGUUCAGAGGACAGUCCACGGAAGGAGAAGGAAGACGAGGACUGUGAAAGCCGGGCGGAGAACUUCCAAGAACUCUUGAGGUCCAUGUGGAUAAAGGAAGAGGAAGAAGCAGAGGCUUCAUUGAAAUCCGAGGGCUGUGAAGAAGACAGAGAAAAAGUGGAUGAGGCAGAAAUGGAAGAGAUUUAUGAAUUUGCAGCCACUCAGCGCAAGCUGCUCCGGGGGGAAAGCACUCCAGAGGUCAAGGAAGAAACGGACCGGUUCGGGGAGGAUGGUCCCUUGUCUGCACAAAUCUCAUUAAGUGUUCAGGUUCACGAACAGCCGGAAAAUGCAGAAGAGAUGGAACUGUGUGACCAGAGAAGAGAUGAGGCCCCAGUCAAAUGGAAGAGCGUGGGACCGUCCACGCCCCUGCGACUCAAGGGCCAUGGUGCAGAUGUAGAGACAGCAGGGUCCCCAGAGGAAGCACUGGGGCGUCCCGGCUCCUCUUGCCCUUCUCGGGGCGGCCGGACAGGGAGAAAGGAAGAUGUGUUUUGGUGCUCGGCUGCUGCUCCCGCUGAACAGCCCUUUUCAUCGACUCCCAGAAGAUGCCCUGAACCGUCGCAGACAACAAGUGAGCUCCAGGAAGACAAGGGCACGGCCACGAGAAAGGGGGCAGAGAGUCCUUGUACCCCUGCCCACCGGCAGGCACCCCCAUUGCGCCCGUGCCUGUCGAAGCUCCUUCAAGGCAGGAGUCCUGGCCGGCCACGCCCUUGCCCUCGCCCUCAUCACACCGGCCAGUCGCCCAGCGGAGCUUCUAGGGCAGCCUCCCAGGACUCACCAUCCAAGCAGAGGAGGGGCAGGAGCCUCUGCAAGCUACUCAAAGAUCCAGGCCUUCAGAAAGGCAAAGAAUGUGGUCCCUUGUUGGAAUGCAGAAAUAAAGGGGCUCUGGUCUCCCCAGAAAAAUCUCCAUCCAUUGACCUCACCCAAUCAAAACCUGGUCAUUUGAGCUCCCGAUCUCAGAAUACUCCAUCCAGCAAGAACAGAGAAGAUGAGAUUAUCCUUUUACUGGACUCAGAUGAAGAGCUGGAGCUGGAACAAACCAAAACAAAGUCAGUUCUUAAUGGUCCCCUGGAAGAAAGGAAAGUGCUAGAAGUUAGCACCAAGUCUUCUGAGCUGUUUUCCGUCAUCGACGUUGAUGCAGAUCAGGAUUCUUUCCAAAGCCCACCACGAAGAGAGGCGGAACUGCUGUGUGGGGAGGAGAGGCCGCCAGGGAGCCAGGGCUCAGGGGAGGGCAGAGGGACCCCUCAGCUGUUCUGUGACCCCGAGAGCGGCCCUGAGGAGGACAGCACCACAGACGCCUCAUGGCUGGUGCCCGCCACCCCCCUGGCCAGCAGAAGCCGUGACUCUUCAUCCCAGACCCAAAUAACAGGCCUCAGGUCCAGGGCUUUAGUGGAUCACAUGGCCCAGUUCAAACCCUGGGCCUCCCUAGAAAACAGGGAUAGACCCGAAGCUGCAAAUACGUGUUCGAUAGCCAGGCCCCAGAUGUCGCCACCGCGCUUGGGCCCCAUCAUUGCAGGAAGCCCCGACAGCAGGGGCCCAUGCAGUCCCCACCCCGGGCGCGUCCAGCACUUUGCUCUUCUGGCGGCCUGUCCCAUCUCAGGGGGCCUCGCCGAUUCCACGGGGCGGCUCCGGAAGCACUCGCCCCUCGGGCCCAGCCUGCUGAAUCAGGCCACCGCGAGUGAGGUGGUGGAGGUGGAGGACAGCGAAGACGAGCGGGAGGUGGCCAACAGCAGCCCCCUGCCGGACAACGACCCUCCGAUCCCUCUUGACGACUGCCACUGGCACAUGGAGCCCCUCUCUCCGAUUCCAAUCGACCACUUGAAUCUUGAGCUGACGGGGCCCCUGAGCACCAGUAGUCCCAGCGGUUACGGCCACUCCCCGGCCCUCUCGGGCACCACCCCCAUCCGAGGAAGCCUUGCCGGCCAAAGAAAGGCUCCAGAGAAGUCCCCUCGGGCCGGCUCGCCUGGGAGCAGCAGGCAGAGCUUUCUGAACUCCGCUCUGUGGGACCACUGGGAUGAAAAAGAACAGACGUCUCCAGAGCUCCUUCCUGCGGCCCAGACGCCGAGUGCUGAUGAAGCUCACAAAUCAGAAGGGUCAGAGACACCAAAAGGUGCUCAUUGGAAGAACUUGCCCCCGAAAGUGCCCAUAACCCCAAUGCCAAGGUAUUCCAUCAUGGAGACCCCGGUACUGAAGAAAGAACUGGAUAGGUUUGGCGUCCGCCCUCUACCCAAACGCCAGAUGGUCCUGAAACUGAAGGAGAUAUUCCAGUACACUCACCAGACUCUGGAGUCAGACUCCGAGAAUGAGAGCCAGUCGUCACGGGUGCUCCUGGAGGCGCCUCACAGCCAGACCCAAGCCAGCAAGCCGUCCAAGGGCUCCUCCCAUCAAGAGAAUCCUCCUGGUGGAAGCCUCCCUCCAAUGAGCAGGGAGGAGCCUCCAGGCCCUGAUGGUGACGCCCAGCUCCCAGCCUCCCAGGAAUCAGUGGCCUCCUCCGUGGACAGCAGUGACGGCUCCUUUAACUCACAAAGUUCUUCCUGUGAGUUUGGAGUGGCCUUUGAGUCUGCAGGGGAUGAAGAGGGUCAAGAGGAGAUAAGUGCAUCACAGACGGCCGUCCAGGCGGCAGCCACGGAGGAGGCGGUGAGGCGCUACAUCCGCUCCCGGCCGGCCCUCUACCGCAAGGUCCUGCUCUAUCAGCCCUUUGAGUUGGCCGAGCUGCAGGCCGAGCUGAAGCAGCAUGGCAUCCGCAUGGCCCUGGGGAAGCUGCUGGAUUUCCUGGAUGCCCACUGUAUCACCUUCACCACCUCUGCGGCCCGGAAGGAGAAGCUCCAGAGGAAGAGGCGGCAGCCCGUGGGCAAGAAGAAGCGGGGCAGGGCCGCGGGCCGGUCCGCCCCUCCCCACCCGCGGCCGUCCGCAGCCUGUGAGCGUCUGCAGCCCCCCUCGGCGAGCCAGGCCUCCACGGGCGUUUCGGGGCCUGGGGACCACAUCAACCCCCCGUGAAAGUGACGAUGGCACCGAGUUGGGUCGGCUUUCCCCAACUCCGUUUCCACGGGCCUCAGGGCCCCAGCCCCUUCCUCUUGUCAGUGCCCAUGGUUUGUCUCCCUUUGUCUCCCUGUGACCCCGCCGUGGGUGGCCGCCAGCUAGCCAGGACGAGGUCUUCCGGGUACAGGGUAUCCUCGUCCUGAGGUGGACAUCCAGGGCCAGCUUGCCCUUGCCCUGCCUUCCUUCUUGACACUUGGCCAUAAUCCCAGCCUCCACCAGCAGACCAGGUGCCCACAAGCCUGUCACUGCCACAUGUUAGGUGCUCUGCUGGCCCACCCAUCCCGCCUAGAUACCUGUCAUCGUCACCAGCAGUCUCCAAACUGGGCAGUGCGGGCGGGCUCGGCUUUGCCGGGUAUGUGGGGGAAGCUAUCUCCAGCCUCAGGAGCCGUGUGGAGUAUGGGCGAGGGCCAGAAAAGAGGAAAGGUCUGGGUCUCUACAUCCGUGUGAAUGCCUUGUCUGUUUUAAAUACGGUGCAGUCCAUUUUAUAUGAUGUGCAAUAAAAACAAAAAGGCUGUAUAAAAA